GCCAAUGGGGUGGCGACGAGGGUGGGGCGGCCGAGGUGUCGCCCAGAUGGGAGCGGAGCGGCGUUAAAGAGGUUUUUGUUCCGGGCCCGGCCGCCGCCAUCUUGUGUCAGAGCGGGUCGGAGGAGGAAGCGGCAGCAGCAGCAGCAGCGCAGAGCGGUGACUCGGCAGCAGCAGCGGCCGCGGCGGGGCCUGACACAGCCUCAUUGAUGUCCAGCUCGCCGUUGUCCAAGAAGCGUCGCUUGUCUGAAUCAGAGACGAAGACGGGUUCAAACUGCUCCUCUGGCAAAUCGAUACAGACUGAUCUGCGCGAAGCGCCUGCCAACGGUAUGGCCAAAAAUGGAAGUGAAACAGACAUUGAUGAGGGUCUGUACUCAAGGCAGCUGUACGUUUUGGGCCAUGAGGCCAUGAAGCGAAUGCAGAAUGCUAAUAUUCUGGUAUCUGGCUUGCGAGGACUGGGUGUGGAGAUUGCCAAAAACAUAAUCCUGGGUGGAGUUAAAUCUGUUACAAUCCAUGACCAGGGUGUGGCUGAGUGGUCUGACCUCUCUUCCCAGUUCUACCUGCAUGAAGAAGACUUAGGGAAGAAUCGUGCUGAAGUAUCCCAGCCACGACUGGCUGAGCUCAACUCCUAUGUACCUGUUACUGCCUACACUGGGCCCCUCAGUGAGGAUUUCCUUAGCAACUUUCAGGUGGUUGUUCUCACCAACUGUCCCUUGGAGGAACAGCUGCGCAUUGGUGAUUUCUGCCAUAGUCAAGACAUCAAGCUGGUAGUGGCAGAUACCAAGGGACUGUUUGGUCAGUUGUUCUGUGACUUUGGUAAUGACAUGGUUGUAACAGACACCAAUGGAGAGCAACCACUCAGUGCCAUGGUCUCCAUGAUUACAAAGGGGUCCCCUGGAGAGGUAACCUGUCUAGAUGAGGCUCGGCAUGGUUUCGAGAGUGGAGACUAUGUUUCCUUCACUGAAGUUGAGGGUAUGACAGAGCUCAACAGCUGCGAACCUAUGGAAAUCAAAGUACUUGGUCCCUACACGUUCAGCAUUGGUGACACCUCCAACUUCUCAGACUACGUACGUGGUGGCAUUGUCACCCAGGUCAAGAUGCCAAAGAAAAUUAGCUUUAAAUCUCUGCGUUCAUCUCUGCCUGAACCAGAGUUCAUCAUCACCGACUUUGGCAAGUUUGACCGACCAGCGCAGCUGCACUUAGGAUUCCAGAGCUUGCAUGAAUUCCACAAGAAGCAUGGACGGUUUCCCAAGCCUCGCAAUCAGGCAGAUGCUAGUGAGGUGUUGGCUUUCACUAAGAAUCUGAAUGAACAAGCAGUGCCCUCACUCAAGCAAGAGCAGUUGAAUGAGGACAUAAUCAAGGAACUGGCCUUCCAAGCCACUGGAGAUCUAGCACCUGUCAAUGCCUUUAUUGGGGGACUGGCUGCACAAGAAGUCAUGAAGGCGUGUUCAGGUAAAUUCAUGCCUGUCACUCAGUGGCUGUACUUUGAUGCCCUGGAGUGUCUGCCUGAGGACAACAAAGAGGCCCUCACCGAGGAGAAUUGCAGCCCCAAGAGCUGCCGCUAUGAUGGACAGAUUGCUGUGUUUGGAAGUGACCUGCAAACUAAGCUGGGGCAGCAAAAAUACUUUGUGGUUGGUGCUGGCGCCAUUGGCUGUGAACUGCUCAAGAACUUUGCUAUGAUUGGACUAGGGUGUGGGCAAGGUGGAGAGGUGAUUGUGACCGAUAUGGACACAAUUGAAAAGUCCAAUCUCAACCGACAGUUCCUUUUCCGGCCAUGGGAUGUUACGAAAAUGAAAUCUGAUACAGCGGCAGCUGCUGUGAAGGAAAUGAACCCAAACAUUCACAUCACAAGCCACCAAGAUCGUGUGGGCCCAGACACUGAGCGUAUUUAUGAUGAUGACUUCUUUGAGAGCCUUGAUGGAGUGGCAAAUGCACUGGACAAUGUGGAUGCCAGGAUGUACAUGGACCGCCGCUGUGUCUAUUACCGUAAGCCCCUGCUGGAGUCAGGGACAUUGGGGACCAAAGGGAACAUCCAGGUGGUGAUCCCCUUCCUUACAGAGUCCUACAGCUCCAGCCAGGACCCACCAGAAAAAUCCAUCCCUAUCUGCACCCUCAAGAACUUCCCCAAUGCCAUUGAACACACUCUGCAGUGGGCCCGAGAUGAAUUUGAAGGCCUUUUCAAGCAGCCUGCAGAAAAUGUCAACCAGUAUAUCACAGAUUCCAAGUUCAUGGAACGGACUCAGAAGCUGCCAGGCACUCAACCUUUGGAAGUGCUGGAAGCUGUCUACAAGAGCUUAGUGACGGAUCGGCCUAAAUCAUGGGCUGACUGUGUGGCCUGGGCAUGCAACCACUGGCACACCCAGUACAGCAACAACAUUCGUCAGCUGCUGCACAAUUUCCCCCCAAACCAGAAAACUAAUUCAGGAACCCUAUUCUGGUCAGGUCCAAAGCGAUGCCCUCACCCACUCACCUUUGAUGUCAACAAUCCCUUGCACAUGGACUAUGUGGUGGCAGCAGCAAACUUGUUUGCACAGACAUAUGGCAUUGCAGGCACUCGAGACAGGGCAACCAUAGCAGAGCUCCUUCGUCAAGUGCAGGUUCCAGAGUUCACUCCGAAGUCCGGUGUUCGCAUCCACAUCUCUGACCAGGAGUUGCAGAAUGCCAAUGCCUCAGUUGAUGAUAGCCGGCUGGAGGAGCUCAAAUCCUUACUUCCAGGACCCCAGCAGCUUCAAGAUUUCAGGAUGUUUCCUGUUGAUUUUGAAAAGGAUGAUGACACGAAUUUCCACAUGGAUUUCAUUGUGGCUGCAUCCAAUUUGCGAGCAGAGAACUAUGAUAUUCCUCCUGCUGAUCGGCACAAGAGCAAGCUGAUUGCAGGGAAAAUCAUACCAGCUAUUGCCACGACGACAGGAGCUGUAGUAGGUUUGGUGUGUCUGGAGCUGUACAAAGUAGUACAAGGUCACAAGCGGCUGGAGUCCUACAAGAAUGGUUUCCUCAAUUUGGCAUUGCCCUUUUUUGGCUUCUCUGAGCCAAUUUCUUGCCCCAAGAACAAAUAUUAUAACACUGAAUGGACUCUAUGGGACCGCUUUGAAGUGCAGGGUAUCCAGGCUGAUGGACAAGAGAUGACUCUGCGAGAGUUUCUGGCCUACUUCAAGAAAGAGCACAAGCUGGAGAUAACCAUGCUCUCCCAGGGAGUCUCUAUGCUCUACUCAUUCUUCAUGCAGCCUGCAAAGCUGAAGGAGCGCCACGAUCAACCGAUGACUGAGAUUGUCACCAAAGUUUCAAAGAAGAAGAUAGGUCGCCACGUGAAAGCCCUGGUCUUUGAGCUGUGCUGCAACGACGACAGUGGGGAUGACACAGAGGUGCCCUACGUGCGCUACACCAUCCGCUAGCAGCUCCCUUGCUAGUACCACCCACCUGCCUGCCACGGACUGUUAGUGUGGGGGAGGGCCUGCUUCCCUCCUCCACCUGUCACGGUUAAAGUGACUCAAAACAUGAAUAACUUUUUUGUACCCUUUUAGGAUUUUUUUUCUUCCGGUUUUUGUGUCCAUCAGGGCCUGGGAAACCCUCUGCUUCCGUGGCCCAUCCCCGCCCCCCCUUUAGACCCUGCGGUUAUGUCAUGUUAUUGAGGCGCCUUAACCCACACUCCCUAUCCUGUCCUUUCCUGUUAAUGUUAGUCGUGUUGUGUUUUGGCUCCUGCACCAGCUCCCUUCCCCCUCCAUCACUCCCUGCUGUGAAAGGAGACUGCUCCCUCUCUUAUCCUAUCCUGGGGGAUGGAGUUGUAACAUGAAGUGCUCCCUUGUCUCUUCUGAGCACCUGGAGGCUUUACCUUGGCUGGCUGAGGGAGGGAGGGAGGAUGUGAAUGGGUGAAGACUGAAGGUCAGAACUGGUAAGAGAAGUAAAUGAGUCAAUAAACGUUUGCAAAAGCCAGUAGUCUUCUAUUGUUCAAACAAGGACCCAGAGGAAGAGGGCAGUCCUGUACAAGCAGUGUAGAACCUUGAUCUUUCUUCAGAGGUCUGGCGUUCUUCAGUUGCUUCUAAAGGCAGCAGUGAGUGCUCCCCACCCUUUUUAUUUGUUUGUGUCUGUCCUUAGAAGGAAGACUGAUAAGUGCUGAUCCGUGUUGAUGCAGGUGCAUAGUCCAGAAAAAAAAGGGCCUUGCCUCCUUUGUGUGCAGCACUAUCUCUAGAUUCUCGUUGUUCGUUGCCACUGGUUCUUUAACUUCACAGAUAUCUUAGUAAACAAAAACAGAGUUUUCAUUAACAGUCCACCAUAAGAUAGCACUCCAGAAAUGUGGCUCACAAUGAAGAUUUAAUUAUUUAAAAGUUAUAACAAGCAAAAUAUGAGUUGUUCUUAAUCAUGCUGUGGGAUAUAGUGUGUAGGGCACAUUAAACUAAUACAGUAUGCAAACUUCUAUGGGCUUUAUAGCAUCUUUUAGUUUGAAGUUUGCUGAAUUUUCAGUUUAUACUUUUGGGGUGGGGCUUAAACAAAAACAUGUGGUUUCAGCUCUUUUGAAGCCAGGAUUUUCACUUCACUUCUCCUUUCCUCUGAAUAUACAGAAAUACAGUUCUGUCUAAACCAA